AUGCACAUCCGGAAUAUAUUUGCAAUAUAUGCCGUUACGGCUUUGAACGCUCGUUGCGAUGCAGCACCAACUCGGGAGAUAAAUCAUGUCAUACACGAACGGAGAAGUACCACGUCAAGGCAGUGGCGACAAGGAAAUCGUGUUGACAAAGAUGCACUCCUCCCCAUGCGAAUCGGUCUUAUGCAGUCCAACCUAGAGACCGCCGAGGGUUAUUUGAUGGCCGUCAGUCAUCCCGGCUCGCCAAACUACGGCAACCAUUGGACGGCGGACGAGGUGCACGAGAUGUUCGCGCCCGAAGAUCAAGCAGUUCAGGAUGUCGUGGCUUGGCUCAAUAACGCCGGUGUUGGCAAUGUCGUGCAUUCUGACAACAAGGGCUGGCUUGCUUUUGAUAUUCCUGCAUCGCAAGCGGAAGAGCUUUUCAAGACCCACUACCAUGAGCACAACCACCAAAGUGAUACAAGCAGUGCAAAGGUCAAAAUCGGAUGCGAUCACUAUUACGUCCCAGAACACCUUGCCCAUCACAUCGACUACGUUACCCCAGGAGUGGUACUUUCUCCUUCAUUCACCAGGGUCAAGCAAGACGUCAAACGGACUAAGCGAACGCCGCAAGAGUCCAGUUGGCAUGGUCAAGACGGUGAAGCCAACGAACCAUUGCGUGCAAGACAGCCCGAGCCUGUCCCGGAUCAGUGGGAGCCGCCCUAUCAUCCUGCAUUGCCUGCGGACCUUCAAGACUGUGGACGAAACGUUACGCCUGCUUGCAUAAAAGCUCUCUACGGUAUUCCCGAUGCUCCGAUUGACGUUUCCGAUAUUGACAGUCUCGGCAUAUUCGAGGAUAGUGAUGCAUAUAACCAAGAAGACCUGGAUCUCUUCUACACGCAGUGGGCCAAGCAUGUCCCAAAUGGUACACGUCCGGACCUCAAAUCAGUUGACGGAGGUCAAGCACCGGUCCCACUGAUCGAUCUGGCCCACCGGUCCGAGUCAACCAUCGACCUGGGUAUAGCGUACGCUCUGACCUAUCCGCAAAAGAUCACGCUGUAUCAGGUUGACGAUGAUGUACAAGUGUUCACAAAUGGCUUCUAUAAUACGUUCCUUGAUGCCCUAGACGGUUCAUAUUGUACAUACUCCGCUUACGGUGUCACCGGCAAUACAGAUGGCUAUGAUGCGAUCUAUCCAGAUCCUGACCCAGAUGGUGGAUAUAAAGGAAAGCUGAUGUGCGGCACGUACAAGCCGACCCGAGUGAUCAGUAUCAGCUACGGCCCUGGCGAGUACGACUUCCCCUUGAACUACACCAAGCGUCAAUGCAACGAACUGCUCAAGCUAGGCCUACAAGGCGUGACCUUCUUCUGGGCGUCGGGAGACGACGGCGUCGCGAGUUACAAUGGAUGUCUGGGCAAGAAUCAGACCGUUUUCAGUCCCUCCUUCCCGACCUGCCCGUACGUCACCAAUGUCGGCGCCACGCGCCUGUACGACGAUCAGACGGUCCUGGAUAAGGAGUCAGCCUUGCACAUCGAGACUGGCGAGUACGGCGGCGGAUACGACCCCACCUCUUCUGCGGGCGGAUUCUCAAAUUACUUCGCCGUACCACAAUAUCAACAGUCCGCGGUGGCAUCUUACUUCUCCAACCACGACCCGGGCCUGCCAUACUAUACCGCCACCUACAACGCGACCGCUAUCACGAACCUUGGAGAGCACGGCGGCCUCUAUAAUCGCGUCGGUCGCGGCUAUCCCGAUGUCUCUGCCAAUGGCUGCAACUUUCUGAUAUCUCAAGAGCUGGAACCUACCAAGACUUACGGCGCAUCCAUCUCUGCGCCCAUCUGGGCCAGUCUGAUCACGUUGAUCAACCAGGAGAGGACGAAGUGCGGCAAGGGCCCUGUGGGUUUCAUCAAUCCCGUGCUCUAUGCGAAUCCGUGGGCGAUGAAUGAUAUCGUAAAUGGGUCGAAUCCGGGAUGUGGUUCUAGUGGGUUCCAGGCAGUACCGGGCUGGGAUCCUGUGACUGGAUUGGGAACACCAAACUAUCCAAAGCUGUCCCAGCUGUUCAAUAGUCUGCCGUGA